CCCUCUGCUACAACCCACCUCAAACUUCACAUGCAAUUUAAAGCCAUCAGAAUACUAACAUUAGGUUCAUUCAAACUUUUCUUCAAAUCUAUAUAGAGAGAAAGAAAAUUAAACAAAAUAUAGUUUGGCUAUGGGAAGUCUUGGAGAAAAGGAGCUGGAGAUCAUUAACCAAGAUCAAGAAACUGAUCCAGAAACGACGACGAUGGAUACACUAAUUGUUAUAACUGAACCAUUGACGACUCCAAAGGUUGUUUAUAAGUACCAGAAAUGGCUCGAAGUAGGCGUCCACGCCUUCGUUGUCCUGGCUAGCCAGACAGUUGCAACAAUACUUGCAAAGUUGUAUUACCAAAAAGGUGGUCACAGUAGCUGGUUGAUUUCACUUACUGAAACUGUUGGUUUUCCCAUUCUCCUAAUUCCUAUGAUCCUUUGGCCUGAUAAAAAAAAACCUACAUUAGAAGAGGGAAAUAGUAUUUGUGAUGACUCAAAGCCUCCUUCUAUAAUGGCCAAGUUAGUAAUCUAUAUAUUUCUUGGCUUUCUAGUUGGAGGAGGGUGCAGUUUGUUUUCAACUGGACUUUUGUAUCUCCCAGCCUCAACUGUUUCUCUUAUCUCCUCAAGUCAGUUAGUCUUCAACGUCUUGUUCUCUCUCUGCAUGAGACUAGUAAAACUUACGCCUCUCAUCGCGAAUUCUAUCGUCCUCAUCACCAUUUCCUCUGUUCUCCUAGCUUUACAAAACGAUGAAUCUUCAAGCAAAACAUCAUCGUCUAAGCACCAUUAUGCAGUUGGAUUUGUAUGCACGCUAACUGCUGCAGCUGGUUUCGGAUUACUAUUUUCCACUACAAAUCUCAUGUUAAAGAAAGUACUAAAAAAGAAGACGUUGAGAGAAAUCAUGGACGUUAUUAUUUGUCAGUCGUUUGUCGCGACGUGUCUAAUUUUGAUUGGUUUAUUCGUGAGUAAAGAGUGGAGGAAUUUGAAUUCAGAGAUGCAUAAUUUCGAGCUUGGGGAGUUGUCAUAUGUUAUGAUAUUAUUUUGGAUUAGUGUGUGUUGGCAGCUUUAUACUUAUAGUAUACUUGGGUUGAUUAUGAAGGUAUCUGCUGUAUUUGCAAAUGUGAUUGCUGCUUUGGGUGCACCGGUAAUCCCGAUUAUGUCAGUGAUUAUCUUUAAUGACAAGAUGAGAGGAGUGAAGGCAGUUUCAAUUGUUUUGUCUAUUUGGGGAUUCUCAUCAUAUGCUUAUCAGCAGUACCUUGAUGAGCAAAAGAACAAAGCUAGGGUUUUGAAAAAUUGUAAUGGAACAUCUGAAGAUUUUGGUAUUGAAAGUGGUUGACGUGCAAAGAAAAUUCUUCAUUGAUCUAGAGUCGGAUUUAGGAGCUUGAGUUUACGGGUUCUAAAUUUUAAUAAGUGUUGCAUGAGUAAUAUAUUCCUAUAGUGGAUUCUUAAGCUCAAAUACAUUGACUCUGUUGACUCCAUAGGUGAAGCUCUAGCUCCGCGCCCCUUUUACUUUUUAAGUAUUUCUAUUAAAAGGAUAUUGCUUAUUGCUAUUAUUUUCUUUUUCUAAAUAUCAUAUGUUAACACGAGUUCCCAUUAUUGAAGAAUUAACUUUUGCCUUAA